UUCAGAUAAAUGCAUUCUAGACAAUAUUCUUAUAUUUUAUCUCAUUACUGGAGAUGCAGUAUUAAACAAAAUAUCUGCAUCUAUGCAAACUAAUGAGAAGGAUGUAAAGAAAACCUGAAGUGAGUGAACACUGUUGUUGCGAAGGCAUCACAGUGGAGGGGAAGCGACAUGAAGUGAUCUCCUGAUGGAUGGUUCCUGCUUUGGGGGACGUUAUUUGACCCAUCUGCCUGACCACAAGAACUUAAGGCGAUACCAGGCUUCUGGCCCUUUAAAAGUGGAGUCCCGGCUUUGCCCCUCCGCAGCACUGAAGGAGCUCCAUAUGGCUUCCUCUUGUUGUAUGCACCGGCAGCAGUGAGUCGCUCAGUCGGCAUCAAAUUAGAGGGAGGAGAUCGUUCAAAUCGCGCCCGUAAAAGGCUUCUCGAGGCGGCAGGUGGCCAGAUGACACGGCUGCGGAGCUUGGCGUGGCAGUAUCUUUCACCAGGGCCGGGAGCUUCCUCUGCAGCAAGGCCGAAGGAGGAGAGGGGAGGCACGGGCGUGCUGCUGCAUCUGUCCUCGCCCAGGAGCUGCUUGCUCGUCCGGCGGUUACCGCAAGGCAGAUGAUGAGAUGUCCGGGACCACUUCCCAGGCGGAUCCCAUAGACGCCACCGCGCGGACGGUGCUGCUCAACCGGCCACAGAAUACCAAGUUCUGCGACAACCAUGUCAGUACCACCAAGUAUGGGGUUCUCACCUUCCUGCCCCGGUUCCUGUAUGAGCAGAUCCGGCGGGCUGCCAACGCCUUUUUCCUGUUCAUCGCACUCAUGCAGCAAAUCCCUGAUGUAUCACCGACCGGUCGUUACACCACACUGGUCCCACUCAUCUUCAUCCUCACUGUAGCCGGGAUCAAAGAGAUGAUAGAGGACUAUAAAAGACACAAAGCAGACAACACAGUAAACAAGAAGAAGACAACAGUGCUGCGCAACGGAGCCUGGCAGACGAUCAUCUGGAAACAGGUGGCAGUAGGAGACAUAGUGAAGGUGACCAAUGGCCAGCACCUCCCGGCUGACAUGGUUAUUGUGUCCUCCAGCGAGCCACAGGCCAUGUGUUACACUGAGACCUCCAACCUGGAUGGAGAAACCAACCUGAAGAUCAGACAGGGUCUCUCACUCACAGCUGCUUUUCAGACCCUGGAGGAUUUGGUUGCGCUGUCUGGUCGUUUGGAGUGCGAAGGCCCCAACAGACACCUGUACGACUUCACCGGCACACUGCGGCUGGAGAACCAGAAUCCAGCUCCCCUGGGUCCAGACCAGGUGUUGCUACGCGGCGCCCAGCUCAGAAACACUCAAUGGGUUGUGGGAAUUGUUGUCUACACCGGCCAUGACUCCAAACUGAUGCAGAACUCCACCAAGGCACCACUGAAACGCUCUAAUGUGGAGCGGGUGACCAACAUGCAGAUCCUGGUCUUGUUCAGUAUCCUGCUGGUCAUGGCCCUGAUCAGCUCUGUGGGCGCGGCCAUCUGGAACAAAGAACAUACUGAAGAGUCCUGCUGGUACCUGUCCCGGGCUGGUGACAUCUCCACUAACUUUGCAUAUAACCUGCUGACGUUCAUCAUCCUGUACAACAACCUGAUCCCCAUCAGCCUGCUGGUCACUCUGGAAGUGGUCAAGUUCACACAGGCCCUCUUCAUCAACUGGGAUGAGGAGAUGUACUACGCAGAGACAGACACACCGGCUGUGGCUCGAACGUCUAAUCUUAAUGAGGAACUGGGCCAGGUGAAGUAUCUCUUUUCCGACAAGACAGGAACACUCACCUGUAACGUAAUGCACUUCAAGAAGUGUACCAUUGCGGGAAUUACAUAUGGCCACUUCCCUGAUCUUGACUGCGAUCGUUCAAUGGAGGAUUUCAGCAACCUGCCGCCCGCCAGCAAUAACUCUACAGAGUUUGAUGACCCAACACUCGUCCAAAACAUUGAGACCCAUCCUACAUCACCUCAGAUCUGUGAGUUCCUGACAAUGAUGGCAGUGUGCCACACUGUGGUCCCAGAGAGGGAGGAAGACCAGCUCAUUUACCAGGCCUCUUCGCCAGAUGAAGGAGCGCUUGUCAAAGGGGCCAAAGGGCUCGGCUUUGUGUUCACUGCAAGAACCCCGCAUUCAGUCAUAAUUGAAGCUAGAGAAAAAGAGAUGAGCUAUGAGCUACUGAACGUCCUCGAGUUUUCCAGUAACCGCAAACGCAUGUCUGUGGUGGUCAGAACCCCCAACGGGAAGCUACGGCUGUACUGCAAAGGAGCUGAUAAUGUCAUUUUUGAGCGUCUGACUGAGGCGUCCCAGUACAAAGAAUUAACUCUUGCUCAUCUGGAACAGUUUGCUACUGAAGGGCUGAGGACUCUGUGUUUUGCCUAUGUGGACCUGGAGGAAGAUGCCUACCAGGAGUGGCUGAAAGAAUACAAUCGUAUCAGUACUGUGCUCAAAGACCGCGCUCAGAAACUGGAGGAGUGUUAUGAACUACUGGAAAAGAACUUACUGCUGUUGGGUGCCACAGCCAUAGAGGACCGUCUGCAGGCUGGCGUGCCAGAGACCAUCGCCACUCUGAUGAGGGCCGACAUCAAGAUCUGGGUCCUUACUGGAGACAAGCAGGAGACUGCCAUCAACAUAGGUUACUCCUGCCGUCUGGUGACACACCACAUGUCCCUCAUCAUUGUCAAUGAGGACUCUCUGGAUGCUACUCGUGCCACUCUGACGGCUCACUGUUCGUCCCUGGGGGACUCUCUGAGAAAGGAAAAUGAGCUGGCGCUGAUCAUCGAUGGUCAGACGCUGAAAUAUGCACUCUCCUUCGAGCUUCGCCAAGCCUUUCUUGACUUGGCAUUGUCCUGCAAGGCUGUCAUCUGCUGCCGAGUGUCUCCGCUGCAGAAGUCUGAGAUUGUGGAUAUGGUGAAGAAACACGUUAAGGCCAUCACGCUGGCGAUAGGCGACGGUGCCAACGAUGUGGGCAUGAUUCAAACGGCUCAUGUUGGAGUGGGGAUCAGUGGCAAUGAGGGCAUGCAGGCCACCAACUCUUCAGACUACUCCAUAGCACAGUUCUCCUACCUAGAGAAGCUGCUAUUGGUCCACGGGGCGUGGAGCUACAACCGUGUCACCAAGUGCAUCCUCUACUGUUUCUAUAAGAAUGUGGUCCUCUACAUUAUAGAGCUCUGGUUUGCCUUUGUGAACGGGUUCUCUGGCCAGAUCCUUUUUGAGCGCUGGUGUAUAGGCCUCUACAACGUGAUAUUUACUGCACUGCCUCCGUUCACUCUGGGGAUAUUUGACCGACCGUGCAGUCAGCAGAACAUGCUCCGUUUCCCACAGCUCUACCGAAUCACCCAGAAUGCUGAGGGCUUCAACACCAAGGUGUUUUGGGGUCACUGUAUCAAUGCACUGAUUCAUUCAAUUAUUCUCUUUUGGUUUCCACUUAAAAUGUUAGAACAUGACUCGUCGUUCAGUGACGGUCAGGGAAAUGACUACCUGUUUGUUGGAAACAUGGUCUACACUUAUGUGGUAGUUACAGUAUGUCUGAAAGCUGGAAUAGAGACCACAGCUUGGACAAAGUUUUCCCACCUGGCGGUAUGGGGAAGCAUGGCGCUUUGGAUGGUCUUCUUUGCUGUCUACUCUGCCAUGUGGCCCACCAUCCCCAUCGCCCCUGACAUGCUUGGCCAGGCUGGCAAGGUGAUGCAGUGCUGGCACUUCUGGCUGGGCCUGGUCCUGGUGCCUACUGCGUGUUUACUCAAAGACUACGCUUGGACCGCCACACGUCGCACUGUGAGGAAGUCUUUGCUAGAGGAGGUGCAGGAGUUGGAAGCUCGGGCCGUAGACCCAGGGGCAGCUGUACUUCGGGAUGCCAGCGGCCGCAGUCUAAACGAACGAGCCCAUCUGCUGACAAGAGUAUUUAGGAAAACGCCUUCAAGCGUAGGACGUUCAAACUCGGUGCAGCAGAAUGUGUCGCAUGGCUAUGCCUUCUCUCAAGAGGAGCAUGGCGUGGUUUCCCAAUCCCAGGUAGUGCGCUCCUACGACACCACCCGCCAACGCCCCAGCCUCUAGCCCUGCCCCUGACCAAUGCUUCUGCUCACCGUAGCAUUGGUUAUCAACUUGACAGCGGAGACAGACUUAUGUGACACUCUCACGCCGCGUGACCAACCCUGCUGUUGCCUUACUGGAACUAUGACCUGACCCCUCGCCGGGGAUUGGGUUAAUGGUCCGGCUUGGUGAACGUUGCUAGCGCAUAGAGGACUGACUGAAUUGAGAGAAAGGACCAGGCCGAUGUUAUGG